GCCAUCUUUUCACACCGAGCAUACAAUAUCCACUCAGACACAAACACUAUGGACGUGGCAAGUGCUAUCCGACAAUUGCGAGAGGGACAAAAGCCACAAUGGCCUACAACCUCUGACUCUCUUGAAUUCGCACAGUCGCUCGACCAGAGCAACGACAUACAAAAGACUUUCCGUUCAGAAUUCGUGGUUCCUACCAAGCCACAGCUCAAGCGGAAGACACUUCAAGAUGAUGACCGGACGGCAGCAGCCGCAUCAGGUCCGGACGAUGAAAGCAUCUACUUCUGCGGCAACUCAUUAGGUCUGCAACCCAAAGCCGUCGGGGAGUACCUAAAUGCAUACUUGAAGACAUGGGGUUCCAUUGUCGUCGGCGGUCACUUCACACAGCUCGAGGACUCUCCUUUAACACCAUACCAAGACAUGGCGGCCGACUGUGCGCGCAAGAUGGCCGACGUCGUAGGUGCAUCGCCUUCAGAAAUUGUAGCCAUGAACACUUUAACGAUAAACUUGCACCUCAUGAUGGCCGCAUUCUACAAGCCGACGGAGAAGAAAUACAGAAUCAUGUGCGAGUGGCGUCCAUUCCCAAGCGACUGGUACGCCAUUGAGUCGCAGAUCGAAUGGCACGGCCUGGACCCCAAGAAGGCGAUUCUCCCCGUGGAUCCGGAUGAGGGCUAUCUCAUGACCACGGAGCACAUUUGCAAACUAAUUGACAAGCACGCGGAUGAACUGGCGUUGAUUCUGCUCCCGGGAAUCCAGUACUACUCGGGCCAACUCCUUGACAUCAAGACCAUCACUGCGCACGCACACAGCCACGGCAUCACUAUCGGCUGGGACUGCGCCCACGCUGCGGGCAACGUCGAGCUCAAGCUGCACGACUGGGAUGUUGACUUUGCGUGCUGGUGCACGUACAAGUACAUGAACGCAGGCGCGGGUGCCAUCGCGGGCGCCUUUGUGCACGAGAAACACGGCGACAACGGGGCUAACGUCGGGCUAAAGGGAUGGUACGGGCACGACAAGGACUCGCGCUUCCUUAUGGACAACAAGUUUGUGCCUACGAAGGGCGCACAAGGUUUCCAGUGCUCGAACCCCAGCAUCGUCGAUUUGACAUGUCUGUCGGGCAGCCUAAGCGUUUUUGAGAAGACGUCUAUGGAGAAGUUGCGAUCAAGAGCGUUGCUUUUGACUGCGUAUGCGGAGCACCUGCUUUCUGGGAUUGCGGCGCGGAAUCAGCGCGACGGGCGGGAUCCUUUCGAAAUUAUCACGCCAAAGGAUCCAAGGUGGCGCGGGACGCAGCUCAGCGUGCUGUUGCAGGAGGAUUUGAUGGAGGUUGUGAGUGCGUCGCUGGUAGAGGGGGGCGUGGUGUGCGAUAAGCGGAAGCCGGGGUGCAUACGGGUCGCGCCGGUGCCAUUAUAUAAUACAUUUGGGGAUGUGUGGAGAUUUAUGAGGAUAUUCGAGGACGCGCUGAAGGCGAAGCCAAGCACGCCGUAGGUGAGGGGCUUGGAAGAGCCUCUAAGGACGUGUACAGUUAAUGAUUAGAUGGCGCGGGGCUGCGUUGGUUGAAACCGAUGUAACGAGAAAUCGCUUUUACUUGUUCAGUCUAACCAUAUUACUACAUAUGUCUUGGCCUU